ACAUGAACCCUCUUCUGAUCCUGGCUUUUGUUGGAGCAGCUGUUGCUUUCUCCACUGAUGAUGAUGAUAAGAUCGUUGGGGGCCAUACCUGUGAGGCAAACAGCCUCCCCUACCAAGCGUCCCUGAAUUAUUUUGGCCAACAUAUCUGCGGUGGCUCCCUCAUCAAUGAUCAGUGGGUGGUGUCAGCUGCUCAUUGCUACAAAUCUCAAAUACAGGUGAGACUGGGAGAGCAUAACAUAGAGGUCCUUGAGGGAAAUGAACAGUUCAUCGAUGCAGAAAAGAUUAUCCGCCACCCAAACUACAACAGGAAGACUGUGGAUAAUGACAUCAUGCUGAUCAAGCUGAAAACCCCAGCUGUCAUCAACACUCGUGUGGCUACCAUUUCGCUGCCCAAGUCCUGUGCAACUGCAGGCACUGAGUGUCUCAUCUCUGGUUGGGGCAACACUCUGAGCUUUGGUGCUGACUACCCAGAUCUUCUGCAGUGUUUGAAUGCUCCCAUUCUGUCUGAUGCCCAAUGUAAGUCCUCCUAUCCUGGUAAGAUCACUGAAAACAUGGUCUGUGCCGGCUUCCUAGAGGGUGGCAAGGAUUCCUGCCAGGGUGACUCGGGCGGCCCUGUGGUGUGUAACAGACAGCUCCAGGGUAUCGUCUCCUGGGGCAAUGGUUGUGCCCUGAAGAAUAAGCCUGGUGUCUAUACCAAAGUCUGCAAGUACUCGGACUGGAUUGAAGCAACUAUUGCUGCCAACAGCUAAAGGCACCUAAGCCCUGUUUCUGCCCCUUCCUUUGGUAUUCGGUGUUGGGACAUGAUGCCAAUAAAAUGAUGUUCUAUUA